AGGCAUAUCUUCUUUAAGUGAGGCCGGGAGCUCUCCUCCUCGACAACAGACAUGAUACGGAGAUGCAUCCCGGCCAAGAAAGGUCUACAGAGGAGGAAGUCGGGGGUGGAGGACAAUGCCAUCUCGUCUCGUUGCCUCUCACAGAGGUCGUCGAGCCUCUGCCAGAGGAAGUCGGGAGCACGCGGCGGUCGGGGUCGUGUGAGUGUUUUCAAUCAAAGUAAUUUAAAGAGUUUCAAACAUUAUGUUAAUUUUUAUCUUAUUUUUUAUUUUUUUGGAUUCCUGAGUCUCCACCAGAAUGGAUUAGGUGGACGUCAGCAGUUUUUUUUAUCGACAAUGACCUCCUCAUCCAGAUGGUGGAGGAGCGCCCACCGUUGUGGGACCACACUGACCGCCGCCAUGCAGACCACCAAGCAACCCGGCUCCUCUGGCACAAGAUAUGUGAGGCAAUUGUGCCAAAUUGAGAGGACCUCGGAGACAGGCAACAGGAUCAGUGCCAUAAGGUCGACAAUCAUGGUUCGGUGGCGUUCUAUUAGGGACCGCUACAAGAAGGACUUUAACGAGGAACUUCGUGCUCUAGGGCAUAUCGCUAUACUGCCGCCUUGGGGUUCCUACGAAGAACCCUUGAGCUGCGAAGAACAUCAAGCAGUACUCGAAGAUCCCCAGGAGGCGGUCCCUGUUGAGUCGGCCACCGCGGGUCCCUCUCGUUCAGCUCAAGCAACUGGUCAGGACUUCAAUGUUCCCCUACCUGUGCCCUCUCGCGACUCAACGAUGGCCCGAUUAGCCCCACUAUUCGAGGCCCUCAUGCGUCGCCAGAGGACAGGUAGGAGCUGUCAGGAGGACUACGAGGAUCUCACAAGGCUCGUUUACAAGUCCUUGAUGGGAUUCACAAAUAGAGUUGCCACUUUGGAGGAUAAUUUGCGGCGUCUUCAGGAGGGGGCGGUGUUGACAUCGCAAAUGAAUCCUGUGCAUUACUAUUUGAUAUUGUUACUCCCCGUGAUGGAACAGUUCACUCCUGACCAACAGUUUGAGGCCAGAAGACAAGUGGACUGCGUCUUGUGGCAAGUGCCACAACGCCCCACAUCCCUUCCCCCUCACCAGCCCUAUCCUCCAUCCCACACAUAUCCCCUUUCCCAGCCGCCCCAUCCACCUUUCCAGCCGCCCCAUCCCAGUCCCAACCCCCCGAGCUAUUUUCUCACCACUUUUCUCCCUCUCCUCCUCAUUACUACAAGUAUUUGUCGCUCCUUCAGCGUGGGGAGAUUAUGUUGACAAGCAGUAGUGUGUAGAA